UACUACCGCGAGGAGGAAGUAGUGGAGCCUUUUUUUUUUUAUUGUUGAUUUUCGCUGAUUGUGGCAUUGACACACAUGACAGCAGACAUCAGUAUGCUCCGUGUGGUUUUGUGGUUUGGUCUUUUUUUUUUUUUUUACAAAACAAAAUUACGGAAAUGGGUCAAUAGUGUCUGUACGGUAUGUGGCACCGUCAUGCGUUUCCAGGGGAUCAUAUAGCAGACGGACUUGUAAACAUUUUCAAGCGUGGUGUGAGCUGCCAAGCGAUGAGCUAACCCAGUGGCGCUCGCGCCUACCAUUGCUUUACGUGUGACCUGCAGGCAUGGGUUCAGGAAAUGUGAUAGGUGUUCAGCUUAGCGAGCCUACAGACACUCGGCUUGCUUCAGUUUGCCACCUGGUUUUCACUAAUGUGUACACGCUAAAUAGCCCUGUUAUCUCGUCAGACCAGCCUGUAGUGAAGAUAUGAAAUUACUCUUCCUUGCUUGCCUCAGCCCCAAAACUGGGAACCACACUACAGCUGAGAGAAUAAGGUCCCACAUUGAAUCGGCAGGACACACUUGUGAGCUCAGAGAUGCAGCAGCAUUUAAGUCUCCUGCUGAGGUGGCAAAUCUAAUAUCUCGACAUCCUCCCUUUGAAGGUGCGCUGGCCAUUCAUCUGCUCAGAGCAGGCAGCCUUCUCUUAGACAUCAACGUACCCUUUGGCGUUAUCUUUGGCGGGACGGAUAUAAAUGAAGAUGUGAAAGUUGAGCAGAAGCGUGUGGUUAUGGAGCAGGUGCUACUGAAAGCCAGGUUUGCGGUUGCAUUUACGGACAAACUGAAAGAAGAGGCAGAGUUAUUUUUGCUGUCCCAGAGCAGUAAAAUCUAUGUCCAGCCCCAAGGCAUCCAGACGGAAGUGAGUGAGAAAUUCUGCUGGGCUGAAUUCCUGAGGAGCUCAGGUGUGAGCAGUGAGCACGUGGACGAGCUGCGUGUCUUCCUGUUGGUCUGUGGCCUCAGAAGAGUCAAGGACCCCCUCUAUCUGGUGGAGGUUUUUUCAGAGUGGCAUCGUGAGAACCCGCUGAAUGUGUUGGUCGUGAUUGGGCCACAGAUCGACCCCGUGUUUACUGUUGAAGUGGAAGCCGUUGUUAAAAACAUCAUUCACGCCUCUGUUAGCCCUGAGUCACGCAGAACUGAGUUUUGCCGCUGCUUCUGCAGAACAGCAGGGGUGUUCUUGGCCCAGGAGAGGAGCCAACGGGAGCUUCAUGCUGCCAUGAAAAGGUGCUUCACCGUGGUUAACAGCUCCGUCUCAGAGGGCAUGUCGGCGGCCAUUUUGGAGGCAAUGGAUCUCGGGGUACCUGUGUGUGCCAGGGACAUCCCAGGAAAUGCAGCCGUAGUGCACCAUGAGUUCACUGGCCUGCUGUACUCGUCUCCUCAGGAAUUUGUGCAUCAAUCUCAGAGACUGUUGUCAGAUCACGAGCUGAGAGAGAGAGUGGUGAGGAAUGGAAAACUCUACGUGGAAGAGCAUCACGGCCUGAAACAGGAGAGAGAAACCUACCAGCGGCUGGUGGACACUCUGCUCUUAGCGUAAGGUCACAGCGUUCAACCCCACUCUGUACUUUCUCAGGAACUGCAGCGACAGAGAGCGGGCCAUAACACCGGUUUAUUUAUAGGUUAAAUUAUCACAAAUGUCUUUUAAGAAAUCGGGCUACAAAGACGCUGUACAAAAUAAUCCUAUUUUAUCUGCUCUGGCAGAUUGAAAUUAUGCCGCAGAACACUUUGAACCAAAGACCCAGAGUAGAUAUGGUUGUCUUGUUAAUAUAUUUUAUGCAUUUCAAAGUGUUGAAGUACUGUUAUUUAUGGUUUGGUAUGAAUAUAAAACGGCAUGUGUUCUCUGUUUAUUCAUUCUACUUAAUAAAAGAGACAAACGGC